GUUUGGAUGUUUUAUUUAUAACAUCCGAUGAUAUGGUCUAUGGUUUUGGUAAUAACGGUGAGGGAUGUCUGGGUUUUGGUCACAACACACCCGUACUAUCACCACAACUGAUCCCAAAAUUAUGUCACCAAAACAUCCAAUACUUCGUGAAUGGCAUGAAUUUUGUGAUAGCAGUGAACGCCGGGAAUCAGAUCUACGGUUUCGGUACUAAUACUUGCGGCCAAUUGGCCCGCAAUCGAAACACUCGUCGAUAUAACCAAAAACCAGAGAUAAUCACAUAUUUUAAUGAUAAAAACGUGGUACAAAUCCGUUGCGCAUACGUCCACGUGAUGGCCCUCACCGGCGAUGGCCGGGUGUAUGUCUGGGGCGGCAAUAGUUUUGGCCAAAUUGGUUACGGAGACAAUAGUUGUGACAAUGAGUUUAUUUGUGCGCCAAUUGAGAUCAAAUUUGGUGAUAAUUAUAAUAUACGUGAACUUUAUUGUUUCACUUCCACCUCGUUUGCCAUCACCAGCGAUGGCCAUGUGUUCAGUUGGGGUGACAAUAGUUGCCACCAAUUGGGACACAAUCUGGCCGAUGGUGUGUCGGCGUGGGGGACACAGAUGCAAUUCAUUGAGAUGUCAGCCAUAGGUUCGGGUGGUUUUGGGACUGUAUUUAAAGUAAAGCAUAGAUUGGAUGACAAGAUAUAUGCCGUUAAGAGACUUCAAUUUGUGGAUAUUAGUGGAGAAACAAAACAAACAGUUGUCGAAGAAGUCAAUAGUUUAUCAAAACUGGACUCAGAUUUUGUGGUCAAAUUUGAAGAUUCAUGGCUUGAGUCCAAUCAUCUCUACAUUCAAAUGCAAUUCUAUUCGCAAAGUCUUCGAACUGUUCUCAAAGACAAACCCAUUGUCUUCGGGAGACAACCAGAAGACCAGAUGACUGUCUUUGAAUACUUUACUUCAUCUGAAAUAUUCAAAGAACUCUUAGAAUGUGUUGAAUAUCUUCACUCAUUGGAUCCACCAGUCAUUCAUCGGAAUCUCAAACCGGAAAACAUAUUAAUUGAUCCCAACUUUACAUCCAAUCGUUGUGUAAAAGUAUGUGACUUUGGUUUAGCCACUGAUCACAACAACGAUAGACAAACUGUGAGUCCAUUUGUUCACACAGUUUGUGGUACUUUUGGAUAUAUAGCGCCCGAAGUACUUAUUGGUAAACAAUAUGACCACAAAUCAGACAUUUAUAGUCUCUCUAUAAUUGGCGAAGAGUUGUUUGGCAUUCAUCUCCAGGAUUGGAAAUUAAUUGACUCGAAAAAGUUGUCGUUCAAGAAAUGCAUACAAAGCAUAUACGGGACACUUCUGGAUAUGAUGUCAACACCUUUUUGGAGACAAAGGCCUGAGUGUCGGGAAGUGUUGGCCAAACAUAACGAGUGGUCUAUCGAUAAGACUGUUGUCACGAAUCACACGGAAUUCAAUUCUACCACUCGUUAUGUUUGGCCAACACUUCCCGACACUCAGGUCUUUGUCUCCAAAACGGUGUUGACAUCAUCUCCAGAAGUGUCCCUAAUAAAAUACUUACUCCUGGAGAUCAAUACCAAACAACUCUUCGCCGAUUAUAGAGAGGCUAUAAAUGUC